GACAAUGUUGUUGAGAGGACUAUCCUGCUUUGCUUUGUACCCCCAGGGGAGAACAAGGUGUCUGUGGAUGCAGCGGUGAAGUUUGUCAAGCUGCUGUUUCGGUAUGAGCAGUGGGACAUGUACUGUAUCCUCUCUGACACACUGCAACACACCGUGCUGCCUGUAAGUCACAACACACCUCUACUGAGACUGGUUUCAUACAAUUACGUCGUAUCAGUUUCAUACACAGUUGACUAACUAAGCCAGAAGUGUUCUGGAUUUGGAUCGAUGAAAUCAGCAUAUACUGGGUGAAAACAUUUGGGUCAGAAGAAUCAUUGUGUCCAGAUAAACAUGAUCCUACUGUGGCACCCACUGUAAUGCUUGUGGAGUGAGAAUGGCUAGAUUCCAGUUAUAAUACACAGUUCUAAUGACCGACGUGUGUGCGUGUGCGGACAGAGAAUGGAGGGGAGGACUUUCAGGAAGUCAGAGCUGGAGCUGAGCCUGCUGGACUCCAUGGAGCGCCUCAUGUCUACACAGAAGAUCAGACUCAACACCAAGGACGACACUGUGUCUGGUACUCUGGCUGUCGAUACUUCUGUCAACUAGCUGUAGAACUAUUGAAAUGGCAUAUAACAAAAGAGUGCUGGACAGUGAUUUAAGAUGUUUGUUGUUGUGGUGUCUCCACAGAGAAGGACAGGCAGCUGGGAGUGGUUAUGAGUGAGGAGUUUGUUGGUCUGGUGCAGGCCUUAUACAGCUGUGUCUGUGGUUCAGCACAGGUUAGACAGUGCUCUGUAGCAUCCUAUAGGAUCUAUCUUUUCCAUAUUGAAUCAGUGACUGCUUACUGAAUACCUGUGUGUAUCCUUCAUCGUUGUACAGGACGUGCAACCCGACAGAGACCUGGUGAUGGACAUAGUGCUGUAUCUCUGGUCUAAAUGUAAGAUGGUGUUCCAGAGAGCCCAGGUUCGACACUGGGACCCCAUACGCUUCCUGGGCAAGAUGGAGAACCUGGACAAGGUACAGUAGCUCUACACAAAUCAGUCACUGCAAAUAUGUACUUUACAUGAAAGCUACUUAUUUCAUAAUGUGUUAUACUCUCUGUCCUCCUCCGCUCUCGCUCGCCUCGGCUCUCGGCUCUCUGCUCUCGCUCUCCAAAUCUCUCUCUCUCUCCUCUCCUCGCUCCUCCCUCUCUCUCCUCUCUUCUCUCUCCUGCUCUCUCU